CCUUCUCUCGCCUGCCUGUCUUUUCUACCACUCACGCGCAGCCGUCUCCCCUGCCUGCAGCUGAACUAAUAUUUGCAAACUACAUUUCAGUCCUUAAAAACUGAGCCACCGUAACCAUGUCUUCGGGAAAAGCUAAGAUUGGCCAGGCUGCCCCGCAGUUCAAAGCCACGGCCGUCGUGGACGGCCAGUUCAAAGACAUUCAGCUGUCCGACUACAAAGGGAAGUACGUGGUGUUCUUCUUCUACCCCCUUGACUUCACCUUUGUCUGCCCUACUGAGAUCGUGGCCUUCAGCGACAGGGCCGCCGACUUCCGCAAGAUUGGCUGUGAGGUCAUCGCCGCCUCCACAGACUCCCACUUCAGUCACCUGGCAUGGAUCAACACACCCAGGAAGCAGGGUGGCCUGGGCCCCAUGAACAUCCCCAUGGUGGCCGACCUCACCCAGUCCAUCUCCAGGGACUAUGGCGUGCUGAAGGAGGAGGACGGAAUCGCUUAUAGGGGUCUGUUUGUGAUUGACGACAAGGGCAUCCUGAGGCAGAUCACCAUCAACGACCUGCCCGUCGGCCGCUCCGUGGACGAGACCCUGCGCCUGGUCCAGGCCUUCCAGCACACCGACAAAUACGGAGAGGUGUGCCCCGCCGGCUGGAAGCCAGGAAGUGACACCAUCGUCCCCGACGUACAGAAGAGCAAGGCGUUCUUCUCCAAACAGUAAAAACCUCAAAGCCUUUCACUCUCGGAAAUGUCAUCCUAGCACUUAACCUUCAGAUGGGUGUUCCUCUCACCUCUACCAACCUACUCAGCAGUCUUGGCGUCCAACGAACCACACACGCUUACAUGUUUUUGUUUUGUCGAGUGAAUCUCUUAACUGCUCUUGGUGUCGUUCCAACUUUAAAUCUCUGUGCGAAUGAUGAGCUUCUGGUGGAAAGAAAUGAUAUAGUCCCAAGCACUGAAAUGUAUUUGUCAGUUUUCCUUUUUAAGUAUUACAACGAAAGUAUUUUGUACUUCGGAAUUGUCAACUGAAUCAGUUUACCAUCACAUGAUUACCACCGUGAAAAUGAUUUACCUGUAGAACAUGUUGGCCGUGUUUGGUGUCUGAUAAAUAAACCAAGUUGAAGGAACCGGA